UCCACUUGGCAAGAGCCAGCAGUAGAGCUCCCAUUCACAUCGCUAACACUACCGCAGGACGUACAGGGCUGAUUCCUUCACUGCUCUAUUAGCUAAAUGGCCAGUGGUCAAAUGGUCAUUCGCCUCAACGGUCGCUAAAUCGGUGUCUGUACUUUUUCAGUCCCAUUCACCUCAGAUUUAAUUGCCCUUUCUUGUGCUCUACAAAUUUCGGAUUAUCAAACCGCUUGUGCAUCUCGAUAUAUUUCCGCAAAAAUGUCGUUGACAAACACAAAGACUGGCUUUUCUGUGAAGGACAUACUGGACCUUCCUGAUACGAAUGAUGAGGAAGGAUCUAUCGCGGAAGAUGCAGAGGAAGACGCGGAGGAAUCUGAAGUAACAGAGACAACUGGAGUCUUGCUUAAAAGUCCCAUGGAGAAUGUUAAAAAUCUGUCUAUAAAGACCCACUUUCAUAGUCAUAGCGAUAACUGUUACACAAGAUGGCUUGCCACUACGGAUGCAAUUCAUUACUCAUUGUUUUUUCCCCACCCAGUGCAUGGUCUGACAGCCAGUUCUCAUCGGGACUUAUCUGACAAGUCUCCGGAACCUUCCGCUGACGAAUCGCAAGACAACGACAAAGAAACUUCAAACAGCAGUGGUGACUCCAGCAAGAAGAGGAAGAGAAGAGUUUUAUUUUCCAAGGCGCAGACAUAUGAACUAGAGCGGCGAUUCAGGCAGCAGCGAUAUCUUUCAGCACCCGAAAGAGAACAUCUUGCUAGUUUAAUCCGCCUGACUCCAACACAAGUGAAAAUCUGGUUCCAGAAUCAUCGAUACAAAAUGAAAAGAGCUCGGACUGAAAAAGGUAUGGAAGUGGGCCAUCUCCCCUCCCCAAGGCGUAUAGCUGUACCUGUUUUAGUGAGGGACGGCAAGCCUUGCCAAACUCUUAAACCUCAGGAUUUCGCGGCUACUCUUCACGCUGGGAUCACUUUGUCAGCAUACAGUGCACAGUCCCUGCAGCAUAUGCAAUAUACAGCUCACUAUAGCUCUGCCGCCAUAUCACCAUUUCCUACAGCGCAUCAACUGGCGCAAACACAGCAGUGGACUUGGUGAACCAUUGAUGCUUCAUCUCAGCUUUACAAGGUGGAAACAAAGACUGCAUUUUUGAACUUUUAACCUCUAUUUCCUAUUUUGGAGACUAUAUGAACGCCCAGCUUUACAUCACAAAGACUGGGUUUACAUAAACGAAUGUCAUUGCUCGUAUUAUCAUUUUAUAUAGUAAAUUUAUGUGUUGUAUGCAAGUUUGCUUUUUGCGUGACUCGUGUAUUCAGCACGUGUACCACUUUAAAUUAAUCAACAUUUUGUAAAGAAACACAUGAGCUCCUUUGUAUUAAAUCUACGUAUUUAUGGUUAUGAAUGAUCCUGCGAUUUUUAAAGUUCGUUUAAUUAAUUUUCUUUUUGUAAAGAUAUCAAUGGUAUUCGGUUUUCAAAUUGGGCUUUUCAUUAAGCUCAAUAAGACAGGCACAUUUUGGAAAAAAAUAUGGCAAGCAGUUUCUGGAUAUAAAGGUGUGUAUUUUAUAGUUAAAGUGGGCAUUGACUAAUGAACUCACAGUUUUUAUUGGAGAUUAAAUAAAACAUUACCGUGUUUCAAUACUUAAAUAAUUCCGGCGUGACUCACUAUGUUGCAUGACGUUGAAACUUCAUUUUUAAUACAUGUGGUGUGAAUUGUGCGACGCCAAAAUUAUGCUUCUUUGUUUUAAAUAGUAAUUUAUAGUAACAGCCCUUGUGCUUUGCAUGUUAAUAAAAACUAGGCUUGCAGGACCUAGGGAUUGACUGUUACGCCUAAGACUUUUUUUUAGAUAUGUAUUCUGCAGAAUUUAAUAAUUGAAAGUCAUCUCAGGCGUUAGAAUGACAUUUGUUGGAUUAGCAUUUUGAAAACUGGAUUUUAUGUUAAUCUCCAUGUACUGAUUCAGUAAAAUAUGUUAUUUUUGUAUCCCAUUUGUAUGUAGCUAGUGAUCGGUAAAUAAAACAAAAGUUACUAACUAUAGUAAUAUCUACUGAUAGGCUAUGCGAUUAUUGCAUAGAAUUAAAUAGUUAUUUAAUUAAGGUUUUUAAACAUUUUAAUCCAAC